CGAGCCGUAACACGACAAAAGACGCACAGCUCUCUCUUUCUUCACCGAACUCUCUCUCUCUCUCUUUCUCUCUCUCUAUUCUCUGUGAAUCAGUGCCCUGAAGCUAAAAACGAAGCUCCGCAGUCUAAGUGCUUGCUUCUCUCAGGCCGGCCACGACGAUGGUUAGCCCGCAGCCAUCGAAGUUAGCUCCUGUCAUAACUCUUAUUCCACUGUUCGUCCUCUGUUUUUCUGGCAUCCCCGCCGUCCGCGCCCUCAAUGUCGGUGUCCAGGCCACAGACACCGGAGUUUCCGUCGGCAAAGAAUGCAGCAGGAAAUGCGAAUCCGAGUUCUGCUCAGUGCCUCCAUUUCUGAGAUAUGGCAAGUAUUGUGGGCUCCUGUACAGCGGAUGUCCGGGGGAGAAACCCUGCGACGGCCUCGACGCCUGCUGCAUGAAACACGACGCCUGCGUUCAAGCCAAAAACAAUGACUAUUUGAGCCAGGAGUGCAGCCAAAACUUACUGAACUGCUUGGCCAACUUCAAGAACUUGCAAGGCCGAACGUUUAAAGGAAGCAAAUGCCAAGUCGAGGAUGUCGUCGACGUCCUCUCUGUCGUCAUGGAAGCUGCUUUGCUUGCCGGGAGAUACCUCCACAAGCCCUGAAUCUCUGUCCACGUUCGACGGAUAUAUCAACUCGGAUCCCUUCACUCACUUCGUGAUCAACCCUUUCUUCUUCGAUUUUUUUUUCUUCCUGCUGUUUGUCUAUUUCGGUUGUUCUGUUGAAACAAAUGGGAAAAAGAAAAAAGAAAACUGUAAAGUGCCUCUGUUUUCCUUUCCUAUAGAAUUGGAGAGUAAUGGACACUGA